CAGCAGCAGCAGACGCCGCCAACAGCAUCAGCAGCAGCAGCAGCAGGUUGACCAACUAAGCGAAACCAGCAGCCAACAUCUUCAACAGCAGAGCAUCUCCUCGCCCAGAAGACAGCAACAGCAGCCGGAGCAGCCAAACAGGCGAUAGUCGCACAAGAAACGAUAAGCAAACAUAAAAAAAAAAAAAACAAGAAAAAAAGCCAACUCCAAAAUGUUACAAAACUCGAAUGCAGUCGCAGCGGUUGCAGCAGCAGCAGCGACUCCCAGCACAGCAGCCGCUGCGGCAGCGGCGGCCAAUAAUGCGGCGAUUGCUGCGUCAUCCAUACAGCCAAAGCUGGUUGUCAUACGGAGGCGUCCGAAUCAGGGCUUCGGUUUUACGCUGCGUCACUUUAUUGCCUAUCCACCGGAAGAUGAUGCUGCCAGCUGGCCUCAGGAAGCGACAAACGUUGUCGGCAACAGUGGCAACAGCGGCGGCGGCAGCGGCGGUGUCGUCGGCUUGGAGCCAACGUCACCAACGUCGCUGCCGCCAUACCAAGUGAAAGCGAUGGAGACCAUUUUCAUCAAAGAGGUGCAAGCGAACGGACCGGCUAACUACGCCAAUCUACAGACGGGCGAUCGGGUGCUAAUGGUGAACAACACGCCGAUCGCUGGCAUUGCCUACAGCACCAUUGUGUCGAUGAUCAAGCAGACGCCAGCGGUGCUAACUCUGCACGUUGUGCCCAAGGAGUGCGAUGUGCUCCAGAUGCACUAUACGUCUAUUGCCCAUACGCCAGAAUCGAAUCGUUUAACGAUGUCCGCACAAGGAUCGCCCGCGCUGCUCUCAAAUGGCGCUAAGCCGACAUUUCCACAGCAACAGUUGAUCUCAUAUCCCGCUGUUGCCAAUUCGUCGUCAUCGCCAGCAUCCUCGCCGCUUCAUGGCGGCAGUCGUUCUGGCAGCAUCACAAGCAAUGCCAGCGGCAGUGGCAACAAUAGUCACCAUCAGCUCCACCAGCACCAAUAUCAGCAGCAGCAACAGCAGCAGCAGCUACAUCCGCAACGUCAUCCGGCGCUAACUGGUGGCAGCAGCAGCAUCGACUUUGGUGACAUGGCCCAUGGACUGCGUCAGCAUCAGCAUCAACAGCAGCAGCAACAACAGCUCUACCAGCAGCAGCAGCAGCAACAUCAUCAUCAUCAUCAGCAGCAGCAGCAGCUGCUGUCGAGCAGCUUUAUGCGCGCCAAUCAGCCGCCAAAUCUAACAGUAUUAGCAAGCACAACACCAACCACGCCCACCACGCGCCAACCCAAAUCGGCAGCGGCAUUGAGUCAAGCAUUGUAUGCAGUGAAUGCCAGCGGCAGCAGCUGCGGCGUCGGCGGCGAAAACAGCGACCUGAUGAUCCGACUGCGCGAGUCGAUUAAACAGAAGGAGGAGUUCCUCAAAUCCCCGCUGCCCUCCGGUGUGCUGUCCGCCUCAGCAGCCUCAGCAUCCAACGGCAACACAUCGCAAUCAUCGCCACAGCAACACCAGCAGCAACAGCCGGUACAGCACUUUUUCCCAUCGCACACGCCACCUGGUGCAGGUGGAGGAGGAGGUGGGGGUGGAGGUGGAGGUGGAGGCGCCGUUGUCCCAGUACCGCGUGUACGCCAGCAAGUGCUGAUCAAACAGCAGCACCAUCAGCAGCAGCAGCACCACCAUCACCACCAUCAUCAGCAGCAAGUUGUUCUCGGCUACGAUAUGUACAAUAGCUAUACGGGCAGUAAGUUGGCGUCACGCUCCUUGGGAGCGGUGCCGUCACAGCAGCGACAGGUGGUUGUCAGUGUUGCCAGCAACAGUGGCAAGUACGCCAAGGAGUUGGACUACUUUGAGACGCUGCAGGAGACGGGCGUCACCAACAAAGUAUUUGAGAGCAAACUGGUCUCGCACAUGGCCAAGGGAUUUGAUCCAUUCAAGCCGUUGUCAAUCAACACAAAUGCCGCCUCCGAAUCGACAAGUGCGUCCGUUGCGCUGUCCAAGAAACAGGGCGUUCUAUACGAGUCACUGCAGCAGCAUCCACUGCAUCAGAUGCAGGUCAAGUAUCAGCAGAGCAGCAGCAGCAAUACCAGCGCCGUCGAUGGCCAGAUUACAAGUCGCAUGGAGCUGCACAAGGCAACGCUAGCGAAUGCCACCAUUGAGUCGUCGGUGCCAUCGAGUAAGUAUAGCAAUGUGUCGGAGCACCCACCGGCCGCCAACAGUUCCUCCUCCCAUACUGUGGCCACAUUGGCUGACAUUGCCGAGAGCAGCGCCGCUGCCAUUGUGGAUGCUGCGUCUGUUUCGGGCAAUGUGGUGCGCCGGUAUAAGCCGCUGGCCUCCAGCUCCUUUGACGAGGGCAAGCCGGUGCGACGGAUCUCAUAUCUGCGUGCCACCAACAACGAGGCAGAGUAUCACGGCGAGCCGCCAACGGCAGAUGGUGUUGCAGCAAGCAGUGUAGCGGCUGCUGCUGCUGCUGCUGCUGUUGCAUCCAUUGUGGAGCCGCACAAGACGAAAGUGCUGGUGGAAGAGCAUCCAGAUCCCACAUACGAUGUGAUCGCUGCCACCGGCGGUGGCCAUGAAUUUAUUGAGACACCCAACGGCUUGGAAGAUGUGCGCCUCUCCGCUCUCCAUGGCAGUCGGCGUGCCUCAAUCAACAGCGAAAUGCGCAGCAGCAUUCAUAUUGAUGCCGAGCUUAAUGGCAAGUAUGUGCCCAAUGAGCUGGAGGCCUUUGAGACAGAAAUCGAGAUUAAGUCCUCCUGCAUCAAUGGCAAGCGCAUGUCCGAGUAUCGCUCGUGGCGUCAGGUCAAACUGGAGAUUAAGGGCGAUGUGUUGCGCAUAUACUCUGGCCGCCAUGCCAAGUCGGACCAGAAUGUGAUAGAGCUUGAUAUUAGAAAUUUUAAGUUUUUCGACGAGUCACAGGACAAAAAGAAAUACUUGAUACGCAUGCAGUCGAAGCCCAGCGUCAGUGGCGCCCACUUGGCCACAUUGGGCAAUGAGCUCAAUUUGGACGAUGCCCAUGAGAAGCUGACCUCAUCGGGCAGCAGCAGCGCCGCCGAGCCGCAGACGCCGGCGACAACGGCACCAUCCUGCGGCCCCUACACCGAAAUCCUCUUCAAGACCAAGAGCAGCAAUGAGAUGAAGCGCCUCUUUGGCUUGCUCCAAUGGAAGGAUAGUCUCAACUAUGAUGAUAAUGAACAGCCGGCAGCAGGCAAGCAGCUGGCUGAGCCCCAGAAAACAGCUGCCACGAGCAGUUAUCUAGACGAUGUCGCUGGCGCUGCGGACAGUUCACCGCUCAGCUCGCACUCGGGCAGUGGCGGUGGCAUGCUGGAAGGACCAACGGCUGCAUCCGCUACGGCGGUGGCUGUCACCAGUGAGUCGAUAUCGCCGGUGAUGAAGUUGCGCAAGCCCUCCAACAAGCAUGUACCGGAUAAGGAUUUGGGCUCACCAAAGUCAAAGAACUGGAAAGAUUUGCUAUUCCGACGUGGUGGUGGCAGCGGCGGCGGCGUCUCCCAUGGCGACCUAGCCUCACCCUCUGGCUGUGUGAACAAGACGGGUGGCUCCAUUGGGCUGCCACUGCGCGCCUGUCCAAUGGGCAAGAAUAACGCAUACGUGCCGCAUCUCGUUGAGGUCUGCACCAACAUUGUGGAAACAAAGGGCUUGGGCGUGGUGGGUAUUUAUCGUAUACCCGGUAACAAGGCAGCAAUUUCCGAGCUAUCUGAGCUGGUCAACACAAAGGAAUUCCAGUUCGAGAGUUGUGCCACCGACGUCCGAUGGGAGGAUGUGAAUGUGGUUAGCAGUCUGCUUAAGCUAUUUAUACGCAGCCUGCCGGAUGCACUGAUGCCGGCCAGUUUCUAUAUCAACUUCAUUGAAGCGGACAAGAAAACUGGUAUGGAGCGCAUUGUGCUGCUCAAGGACAUUGUCGAAUCGCUGCCGCGUCAUCCGUACGAGACAAUGAAGCAUUUGAUACGGCAUCUGUGCCGCGUCAGCGACAACUGCGAGGUUAAUCGCAUGGAGCCAAAGAAUCUGGCCAUUAUCUUUGGGCCUUCCAUUAUUCGCACACCGAACGAUACUCUGGAAACGGCCGUCAAGGAUAUGAAGCAUCAGUGUCGCAUUGUCGAGCUGCUUGUCACGCAGUACGAGUAUUUCUUCGAGGGCGGCAGUCUGCCGGAUCUGGCCGAUUUGAGCGGCGGUGCAGCGGCGCCUUGUCCCGCGCAACCACAGCAGACACAGGAAGAUCAAACGAGCAUGCUGCUGCACAAUCUGUCCAAGAUUGAGCGCAUCACAGAGCGCGAGACGCGCUCCUCACGAUUCAUUCCGCAGCUACGUAGACGCACCCACGGCAAGCGCAGCGCCGUUAGCUCCGACACCUACUCUGGCGAGAGUGUUCUGGUAAGCGGCACUAGUCAAGCCAAUUCCCAAUGCACCAACACCAACAUCACCACCACCAUUACCACCACAACCACAACCAACACCACCACCACCACAACCACAACCAUUCGCACCAACAACCAAAGACGAAUGCAGCGCAAGGCUGUGCAAAGCAUUUGCGAUUUUGGUUUAAUCCUGCCCGCUGUUCACUUUCAGUCGCUGGACUACGCCAAGGUAUCAGCGAGCAGCACGACCAGCACCAGCAGCAGCUCCACGCUGCACAGCAGCAAGAUAAGCACCACAAGCAAGCUGCUCUACUCAGCGAUGGGCUCAUCCAGCCAUACCAGCACCAAUCAAUCCUCCGCGACGGCAUCCACCACAGCCAAGGCGGCCACGACGAGCACCAAGAAGCGCACCACGGCCGGUUUCUUGUCCAGCUCCAGUUCGCGCAGCGCCCAAACACGCAAGGCCAGCCUCGAUGAGAAGGACUCGGGCAGCGUGGACUCGACCGGCAGCAUUGGCAAACAUGAGCAGCAGCAGCGGAGCAGCGUUGAUAUCUCCGUACUGCUUACGGACGAUGAUUCCAGCAGUCGUCUCAGCGACACAGGUUCCAUGUCGCUGACCACCAUUACGGACACGUUGGACAGCAAGCUGCGUAAUUUACGUAGCGGCUCGGAGUCAAACGAUGAGAACGGUUCACCUGAAUUUCCCAAGAAUCGUCGGCAUACGUUGGGUCAGCCGCUGCACUUGCACUCCGAAAACAUUCCGUAUGCGGAUGAGUCGCCGGAGCGACUGUUCCACAACUUUUGUCCAUUGGACGCACCACAUUCGCUGCUCUUAAGCCGCUCGUGCACGGCCACCAACAGUUUGGGUGAGCCCAAAGAAGAUAAACACCACAAUCAGCAGCAGCAACUGCAGCAGCUAAUGAUGAAGCCAACGGUGGCACCGCUCCCUGCCAGCCUGCUAAAGGCGGCACACAAAUUGCAACAUUCGGCAACGGCGCCCAUCCAUCAGGGCAGCUCAACGGCGCCGGCUAGUGGCGCUGCCACACCCACCGCCGGCACUGGUACCGGUUCGAGCAGCGCCUCAACGCCACUAGCCGGUACGCCCAGCUCGCAAAUUGGUGGCUCCGUCGCCCAGCGCAAUUCAUACGGCAGCAAGAAUCUGCGAUUUAGCAGCUCCCUGGCAUAUGAGCGGGGUGGCGUUGGCGCCGGUUCUGAGGAUGACUCGGAGGGCUCCACGACGAGCGAUCCAAAGGAGAAGCUACUAAUGGCCGCACCAUCGCCGUCGUUUUUUCUCGAGCGCUACAAUAAAAAGCGGCGCGAUCAUCGACUCUUUCGGAGCGCCAGCUUCAACUGUCGCAACUACUCCACACGACACAUGAGCAGCAGCAAUUCGAGUGCGGCAGCUGCUGCCGCUGCCGCUGCAGCCGCCUGCUGCUCCCCAACGUCAUCGUCAUCGUCUUGGGCACAUGCCGCCGCUGCGCUGACCAAGGACGAAAAGACUGACAUGAAUCUGACCAAGAAGCGGCAGAUACAAAACAAACAGAAUCGCUCGAUUAAGCGACGUCACACGGUUGGCGGACCGCACGAUUAUGCGGCCAACAGUGGCGGGGGCGGUGGUGGUGCUGGUGGUGGUGGUGGUUCAGCCGGGCACGAUUUGACUGCCAUUAACUAUAAUCAUCACAAUCGACACCAUCAGCAGCAGCUGCUGAAAUUGGGCGGUGGCAGUGGCGGUGGCGGCAGUGGCGCAGCUGCCGAAACGACAACCACAACGACAACAACAACGACAGUGUUGCGCAGACUGGGCGCACCGCCGGCCAGUGCCAGUGCAAGUGUUAGUGCGAAUGUCAGUGGUGCUGGCGUUGUCACCGAUGCCAAUGUCGCGUUGCCCGUUUCUGCAAGCACUGUGGCCAACAAUAGCACAACCAACAACAACAAUAACAACAACAUUUCACCACUUAGCGAUGGCAGCAAUGGCAACAGCUCUGGUGGUGGUGUUGCUGGUGCUGGUGGUGGUGGUGUCGGCAGCGCAGGCAGCAAUAGCAGCUCAUCAAAUAACAGCAGUAGCAGUGUCGGCGGGGGCGGUGCUGCUGGCGGUGAUCAGGUGCUCGAAGUUGGCAUCAGGAUCAAGAACAUAAAUCGUGCGCGGUACUAAAAAUAACUUUAAUAAAUUGGCAGCGAAUCAGAAAUAAUCAAAAUCACAGCGAAAGUAUAAUCUGUUGUAAGGAAGAGAGCGAGACAUGCGCGCGAGAGAGAGAGAGAGAGAGAGAGACAGGAGGAAAGGAAUCGAGCGAGCGAGCGAAUGUGUGAGAGAUGGAGAUGCAAACAUAUAUUGGAAAAAUCGUAGUAUUAAACCGAGUUAUAUAUAUAUAUAUAUAUAUAUGUAUAUAUAUAUAUACAUAACAGCAUAGUUGUAUGCAAUAUAAUUAUGUUCAGGCAAAAGUAUUUAUAUCAACAUAUUGUGGCUCAAGCGCACACACCACAUUCACCACACAUACGAGGGAACAAAGAAAAAGCAAAAGUUUUCAUGCAGCAGAUAGAGUCGGAUAGAGUCGUAGAAAGAGACGGAUAGAUAGAGAGAGAGCGAUAGAGAGAGAGAGAGAGAAAUAUAUACAUAACUAUUUUGUAAAACGUAUACAGAGUACGAAAUAUGCUUAACCCAUAUACAUACAUACUUAUAAUUGUAAUAUAAUCAUACACACACACACGCAU